AUGGAGAAAACCGUUCACAUUGCAGUUGUUCCAGGUCCUUGGUACAGCCAUUUAGUCUCUAUUCUUGAAUUCUCCAAGCUACUUGUUCAACUCCAUCCAGAUUUUCAUGUCACAUGUAUCAUUCCCACACUUGGUUCACCCUCAACUGCCUCAAACUCAUUCCUUCAGACUCUUCCAUCAAACAUCAACUACACUUUUCUUCCACCUGUGAAUCCCAACCACCUGCCACAAGAUUCUACCUUAGAAAGCAAAAUCCAGCUCACAGUGUCACUCUCUCUACCAUCUUUACACCAGGCUUUGAACUCCUUAACUGUAAGGACUCCCCCUGUGGCACUGGUGGUUGAUUCUUUAUCCGCUGAAGCACUAGAUUUGGCUAAGGAAUUCAACAUGCUGUCCUAUGUUUACUUCCCUGCAGCAGCCACCACUUUGUGUUACUACUUCCAUUUGCUCAAAGUGGAUAAGGAAACAUCACGUGAGUACAGAGAUCUUCCCGAGGCUAUUCAAGCACCAGGUUGUGUACCAAUCCAUGGUAAGGAUCUCAUCGACCAAGCUCAAGAUAGAUCAAGUCAAGCUUACAAAUUCUUACUCCAACGUCUAAACAAAUUUUUCUCUCCUAAUGGGAUACUUAUUAAUAGCUUCCUAGAAAUUGAAAAAGGUCCUAUACAAGCAUUGGCAGAAGGAAGUGGCAACCCUGCGGUCUAUCCUGUUGGACCCAUUAUCCAAACAAGAACAGAAUCUGAUUAUCAUAGUAAUGGCAAAAAAUGUUUGACAUGGUUAGAUAAACAACAAACUUGUUCAGUUUUGUAUGUUUCUUUUGGGAGCGGUGGUAGACUUUCACAGGAACAAAUUGUAGAGCUAUCUUUGGGUUUGGAGUUGAGUAAUCAUAAAUUCUUAUGGGUUUUCAGAGCACCAAGUAGUUCAGCUAGUGAUGCAUAUCUUUCAGCACAGGAUGAUAUCGACGCGUCAAAGUUUUUACCUUCAGGGUUCUUGGAAAGAACCAAGGAGCAAGGAAUGGUUAUUCCGUCAUGGGCACCGCAGGUUCAAAUCCUUAGUCACAGAUCAGCUGGCGGGUUCUUGAGUCACUGUGGUUGGAAUUCAGUUCUUGAAAGUGUGAUGCAUGGUGUGCCGCUAAUUGCAUGGCCUCUGUUUGCUGAACAGAGAAUGAAUGCAGUUUUGCUGAGUGAGAGUCUAAAAGUAGGACUGAGGCCAAAAGUUCAGAAAAAUGGCAUUGUGGAAAGGGUGCAAAUUUCUGAGUUGAUCAAGUGUCUCAUGGAAGGCGAAGAAGGCGACAAGUUACGCAAAAGGAUCAAUGAAUUGAAAGAGGGUACUAACUCUGCACUUAAAGAAGAUGGAUCAUCUGCAAAGACCAUUUCUCUGUUGGCACAUAAAUUGAGAAAUUUGGCAUAA